AUGGCAGAUAUUUUGCAAGACCAGCUUGCAGAAAUUCCCGCUAAGCAACCGCCAAAGAAGAGAUCGCUAUUCAACAGACCUGUUCCUAAACCUGUCACUGCAGUGACGGAAGAAGACGAAGCGGUAGACUUCUUCAGGAGAUCUCGUGAGGUCUUCCCUCAGCAUUUGAACGAACAGCGACGCAGACGAGAGAAAAAGGCGGCCAAGACAGAGCGUAAAAGGUCUUCAGCAAGCAUCGAGAAAACAGAAACCACUUCCUCGCAGGAAAAGCGGAGGCGUCUUUCAUCACAAGGCGCCCAUAGCUCAGACGAAGAUACCAGCAGAAGACGAAAAGAAUCAACCCAACCUACAACCCCGAGUCGUGUUUCGCAAAGGGGUCUUAAUACGGCGUCUGAUGCCUCACCGAAAACACUUUCCGGCCGUUAUAGCCGAGAACUGCGAGCGAAGCCAGAGGGUACACCUGCUAAAGUGCCAGAAAUUACCACACUUAGUGACACCGAAAGUGAUAAAGACGAAGAGCCAAUCCUGAUCACAGGAAAGCCUGCUCAGACUUUUACCAUCGAUGAUGAUAGCGACUACACGGCGAAGUCUAUUGCUCUCAGUGACGAUGACCAGUCCUCGGAGGAUGAGUAUUCAGAAUUACUUCAACAGGCGAAGGAGCGUGCGAGACAAAAACUCGUAGAGCAAAAUGCAGCGAAAGAUUUGGAGCAACGGAAUCACAUGCCAAGCUCAAAUGACAUGAUUGACGAUGAUCUUUUUCAGAUGGACGAGCCCAAAAAGGACGCUGACCCAGUCUUAGAAAUCUUGGUUACUUCUCACAUAGACGGGUCAAAGCCAGUAAUUGCUAAGCGAAAAUUGAAGAGCCGGCUUCAGGAAGUGAGAAAGACUUGGUGCGACAAGCAGGUUCUGCAUGGGCAACCCAUGUUUCCAUCGGCCGAAUCGAAGAAUUGCGUGUUCUUGACUUACAAAGGAAAGCGCCUGUACGAUCUUACAACUUGCGAUUCGCUUGGUCUAACGAUUGAUACGGAAGGUAGGUUGGUAAACAAUGACCAAGGAGAAAUGAAGGGUAGGGUUCAUUUGUUUGCAUGGACUCCAAAUCUAUUCGAGGAAUAUCAGAGGAACGAAGCUAGGAAACGACGAGGCCUUGAAGAAGAGGAAAAUUCACAGGAAGUGGAGGAGAAAAGAAUUAGAAUCAUACUAAAAUCAAAGAACCAUGGUCAGCAUAAGCUGAUGGCCCGGGCAGCCAUAACUUUCGAUCAAAUUGCGGCAGCUUUCCGGAAAGAAAAGGCAAUUUCAAACGAUGAAGAGGUGACGCUCCAGUAUGAUGGAGAAACGCUUGAUCCUGAGAUGAUCAUUGGGGAUUCGGAAAUCGAGGACUUGGAUGUUAUAGAGGUUCAUAUAAAGUGA